AUGUCCAGAUUUAAUUAUUUAUUGUUCGGAGGGUUGUGUUUGAUGAUUGGCCUACAGCUGGUCCUGGGUCAAGUAGGCUUCCCGGAAGGUGUGGAUCAAGAUAAAGCGAAAGCUAAUCUAAAUGGUCGCACGCCAAUUUAUAUACCCUCAAGAUGUAAAGCCCAUGAACUAUUAUAUCCCGGUGAUCAAAAAGACGAUUGGGUUUGCGAUUGUGCUCCUGCCGCUCUCUAUUAUCCUGAAAGUGAUGGUUGUUUUCCCGCUUUUCGACAAGGCCCAUGUCCACCAAAUCAAAUUUUAGUGCUUGGCAACAACAACAUAAUACCUGAAUGUAUCCCAAACGCCUGCCAAGUCGAUGGCCAAAUACAAAUACAAAAAGUGUGCUAUGAAUUGGGCAAACCUGGACCCUGUCCAAGUUCUCAUUUAAACUAUGUACUUGGCGUUGAUCCAAAAACGAUGCAUAUUGAUUGUGUUAUACCGUUUGUGUCUUUAGCAAGUAGAUUCGGUAUGGAAACGCCAUCUCCAUAUGAUCUUAGCAAGGCUGAAAUCUGUGCUCGUGGCUCUAAAAGAGCAAUACAAGGCACAUGUCCAAAUCGAAAAUAA